GGUGUUCUGUUUAUACUUCAUUGCUCAAAUGAUAAUAAAUUGAGUAUUAAAACAACUAUUUAAGAAAUAUUAUAUUAAUUCGUGAUUGAAAGUGAUAUUUUAUGGUCAAAUUUACUUUUAUUUAUAUACGGUAUUUUAUUUUUCAAUAUAAUUUACCUACUUUUUUCAAUGACAUCAAAAAAGAAUACCUUGUUAUCAUUUUUCACAAGCAAUAAAAAAAUUCGAAGAGAAAAUGAAAAUAACGAGACUGAAGUGAACUCACCAGUAAGAAAAAUUACAGAAGUAAACAAGUCUGCAUGUACCACAAAUUCUUUAGAAAGUUUUAGUGAGGCAUCGAAUUCACGAUUACAGCAAGAUGAUUUUAUUUGUGAAAAUAAUCAAACGCUCGGCAAUGCUAAUGACAUAGGUUAUUUUGUAGAAUGUUUAUCUUUAACAGAUGCUGAUAAAAAGCUUGUAAGUUACAUACUAGUUGAUAAAUUAUUUCAAUACUUAACACAUUAAUAUUUAUUGAAUUAGUAUUUUUUUUAAAUUAUGCAUAUUUAUUUUUAUUUAAUGUCUAUAUUUUAA